AUGGACCGACUUCAGAAGGAAGAGCAUGAAAUGUUUACACAACAAAUCGGGUAUCAAUCGGUUCCAGAAAUCCUGUGUAUUAGUGUUUGCCCUUUCAUUUUACUGUUUAUUCGGGAUACGGUCGUGACUUAUUUUGGCCUCAACUUUAAUCGGCUCCUUCGGAACCUCCUGUUUGACUUCUUCUGCGUAGUCUGUCCAGUGAUAUUUUUAUUGACGAUUGCUGCCGAUCAUGCAAUCCAAAUUGUAAUUUUAUUUGGGGUUUUAGCCUUCAGUUUGUGCUUUGUUAAACUAUCAAGGCGCUCUCUGACGGGAUUUACAAAGUUGGAUUUUGUGCAGUCACGCGAUAAAGCCACAACUGUGCUUCUGCUUAGCUGCCUAAUGAUCAUGCUUAUUGAUCUCCCUAUUUGCCCCCGGCGGUUCGCAAAAAAUUCUACCUACGGAUUGGGUUUGAUGGACGUGGGUACCGGAUUGUUUCUCGCUUCCAGUAGUAUUGCGGGAUCGAAGGCACUGUUUAAUCUCUCGGAAGGAACCAAAUUUUGGUAUACUGUGAAACGGAUCGUGCUACCGAGUCUCAUUCUCGGCUUAGUUCGUUUUUUAUCAGUAUCUUUUUUAGGAUACCAGUCUGUUGUGGAGGAAUACGGUGUUCACUGGAACUUCUUUGUCACAUUCGCACUAGUUCGUCUAGCAUCUGCUCUGAUUUGCACACCGUGUAUAGGUAAACUGUCCAAAACUGCACGGACGAUAGUUUGCUUCAUAACCGGUUUAUCCUUCUGCAUUCUUUCCCACGCCAUCCAUAUCCGUGUAAAACCACUGAUACAAACAAAUGCAGAAGGUUUACUCUCCUUGCCGGGUUACUUAUCGAUCUAUUUUCUCUGUCUUGGUUGCUAUCACGCCUGUCGUCAACUCGAACAUUCACGAAUAACUGCCUCCUCAAAAGCCUUCUAUUUCACUGCUACGCAUACAUUCCUGGUCUUGACUUCAGGCAGCAUCCUCUAUCAACUUGGUAUGGCGAAUAUAUCACGCCGGUUCGCGAGCCCAGGAUACGUGUUGUUCAUCCUUUUCAUGCUUUGUUUCUGUACUUCUUUUUCGUGGCUUCUACGUGUGCUUUCGUAUUCUAUUUCUCAGGGUCAUUGUCAACCAUCAGCCUUGUCGCUUGUGGUCUCCUCUCAAGGAAUGUUUUACUUUCUGGUAUGUAACUUGGUCACUGGGUUAGUCAAUUUUGUUUAUAACACCGUUCGUUUUGUACCGUCAGAUACAUUUAGUUCCCUAUUCAGCUUACUAACAGGCAUCUUACAUGAAAUAGAAGCAUCAAAAAGACAGAGACCAACGAGCAGUGUGUAG